CCGAUCCAGGCUGCUCCUCCCCACUUUCUGGGAACUUUUCCCCAACUUCCCUGCAACUCAUUUUUUGGCUCUCAGCCUCCCGUUGGUCCGGCGGAACCCAAUCUCCGCCUGACAAAUAAUAGUACGGCGGCCACUUUGGCCUGACUUCCCUCUGACAGCCUAUUCCGACCAGUUACGGAGGAGCCGGCCUCGCGAGAGUAAUGCCAUUGGCUGGAUGCCCUGCCCCUCAAACUCUUAAGUCUUUCGCUUCCAAUCAGGACGCAACUGUAGAAGAGCGCCACGCGUGGGGGGAGGGGAGGCCUCCGUAACUCUCCCGCUAGCCUCCCCACUCUUCCUGCCUUUGUUUACAUCGCUGCAGUGGUGGCUGGAGUACAGGCACUCAAGCGUCCUGUGCUCCGGUGACAGCCCUCUCUGUUCUUUCCUGAGGAGACGCUAAACUCUCAGGAAGAUUUACUAUCUCUAGGAGAAACUGAGGCAGGAAGGGCGCGGCUGCGUAUGUUUUCCUUAAAUUCCGUUUGUGGACGCGCAGCCUCUUAAUCCCCUAUUCCCAGAUGCAGCGGCCCUACAGUGGCUCCUCGCAGGGUGCCACCCACUUUCCUGGUAUAAGGCUGAGGGCGGGGUUUGUCUGGGCAGGUCCAGGAUGCAAUAUCCUGGAGGAAAGAAAAGGUGUAGUGUUUGGGGCGGUCGGCGGGUUAGGUAGGCUUGGCAGGGCUGGGUUCUUCGGAACAGGUAAUACCCGGGGGGCUCCGUUUGUCUGAACCUGUGAGAGAAAGAUGGAGGCGAGAUCUCCAGGCGACAGAAGCAUGGAUCUCCGAACCCCUGACCUCCUGGACUCGUGGCUGGAGCCCCCAGAAGAUAUCUUUUCGAUGGGAUCCUUCCCGGAGCUGGGACUCCACUGUCCCCCUCCAGAGAUCCCGGUGACUAGGCUACAAGAACAGGGGCUGCAAGGCUUGGAGUCCAGUGGGGGCCAUGGCUGUGGCCUUCAAGAGAGUGAGCCUGAAGAUUUCCUGAAGCUUUUCAUUGAUCCCAAUGAAGUGUACUGCUCAGAAGCAUCUCCUGGCAGUGACAGUGCCAUCUCUGAGGACCCUGGCCAUCAAGAUAGUCCCCCUCCACCCAGAGCACCCUGUUCUCCUGCCCUCUAUAAGGUUGUCUAUGAGGCAGGGGCCCUGGAGAGGAUGCAAGGGGAAGCUGAACCCAAUGUAGGGCUCAUCUCCAUCCAGCUAGAUCAGUGGACCCCAUCAUUUUUGGUGCCUGAUGUCUGCAUGGUCAGUGAGCUGCCCUUUGAUGCCAAUGCCCAUAUCCUGCCCAGGGCAGGCACCAUAGCCCCAGUGCCUCCUGCAACCCUGCUGCCAUGUCAAACCCUGUUCCUGACAGAUGAGGAGAAGCGUCUGCUGGGGCAGGAAGGGGUUUCUCUCCCCUCUAACCUGCCUCUCACCAAGGCAGAGGAGAGGGUCCUCAAGAAGGUCAGAAGGAAAAUACGUAACAAGCAGUCAGCUCAGGACAGUCGGCGGCGGAAGAAAGAGUACAUCGAUGGGCUAGAGGUUAGGGUGGCAGCCUGUUCUGCACAGAACCAGGAACUACAGAAAAAAGUCCAGGAGCUGGAGAGGCACAACAUCUCCUUGGUGGCUCAGCUCCGCCAACUGCAGACACUCAUUGCUCAAACCUCCAGCAAAGCUGCCCAGACCAGCACUUGUGUUCUGAUCCUUAUUUUUUCCCUGGCUCUCAUCAUUCUGCCCAGCUUCAGCCCAUUUCAGGGUCUACCAGAAGUUGGGCCUGAGGAUUACCAGCCUCAUGGAGUGAUUUCCAGAAAUAUCCUGACCCACAAGGACAUGACAGAAAAUCUGGAGACUCAAGUGCCAGAGUCUAGACUGGGGGAACCACCUGGAGCCAAGGGUACAAACGGCUCAACAAAGACACCGCUUGAGAAGACAGAAGGAAAGACAGGACCCAGUGGGCACAUCAGAACAGUGCUGCAUGCAGAUGAGAUGUGAACUGGAACAGAGGCCUUCCUGGCCUACUUCCCAAUCAUAACGAGGACGCCAGGGCUUCCCCCUGGGACUCCCACUCAGGUGUCUCUGCUCUCAAAGGUCGGAAUCACUUCAGGACACCUGAGGCCUGAUCUACCUAUAUGAGAGGACACCUAAAAUACUUCUGUUAUGUAUCUGUGAUUUAUUUCUUCUUUGGGGAUAGGGUUGAGGAAAAACAAGUUUUGACUGAAAAAUAAACUUUUUAGCUGAAA